AUGGCGGAGCUACAAAUGCUGCUGGAGGAGGAAAUUCCUGCGGGACGGAGAGCUUUACUGGACAGUUUUACCAACCUGGAACGAGUAGCGGAGUACUGCGAAAGCAACUAUGUCCAGGCAGCAGACAAGCAGCGAGCGCUGGAGGAGACGAAGAGCUACACCACCCAGUCUCUGGCCAGCGUCGCCUACCUCAUCAACACGCUGGCCAACAACGUGCUGCAGAUGCUCGACAUCCAGGCCUCGCAGCUCCGCCGCAUGGAGAGCUCCGUCAACCACAUUUCGCAGACCGUCGACAUUCACAAAGAGAAGGUGGCGAGGCGGGAGAUCGGCAUCUUGACUACCAACAAGAACACGUCCCGCUCGCACAAGAUUGUUGCUCCAGCCAAUCCGGAGCGACCGGUGCGCUACAUCAGGAAGCCCAUCGACUACAGUGUGCUGGAUGACAUCGGGCACGGAGUCAAGGUGAACGGUCAGCAGAACAUGAAACUAGGAGGGGGUGUGUCCCGGUCCAACCCCCCCACCCAGAAACCGCCCAGCCCCCCGAGGGCAGGCAAGGGCAUCUUAGGGAAGAACUCCCCCUACAGGACACUGGAGCCUGUGCGCCCCCCAGUGGUGCCCAACGAUUAUGUCGCCAGCCCCACCAGAAACAAUACGGCCACCGGACAGCUUCCCAGUCCGGCCCGCACCGCGACCCUGAACCAUCGGCCCCGAACAUACAGUGGUAGCAGUGGAGGCAGCCAUCCCAGCAGCAGCAGUCGGAGCAGCAGCAGGGAGAACAGCGGCAGCGGCAGUGUGGGUGUCCCCAUCGCCGUGCCGACGCCCUCCCCCCCCUCCACCUUCCCAGGUCCCAUCGUCCCUCAGUUCUACAGCAUGAACCGACCUCAGCCUCGACAGCAGACGCCACAGGUGGGGGGGUCGCUGCCGUACCGCCGCCCCCCCUCCGUGACCGGUCAGCCAAUCGUAACACAGAACCAGGUCAACGGUGGUCCCUACUACAACCAAAGCCCAGCCUCCCCGCCGCCUCCCUCCCUCCUCCAGUUCACUCCUCAGCUUCCUCUCAUGGGCUUCGUUGCUCGAGUUCAGGAGUCCAUCUCAGACGCCCCUCCUCCCCCUCACCCAACUGCCGAGAACCAAUCAGGGCCCGAGGAGCCCCUGCCCUCUCCUCAGCCAUUGGAGGAUGGGCAUGAAGAGGAGGACUCAGCAGUUGUGGAGUACAAUGACCCUUACGCUGAAGAAGACCCACCGUGGGCCCCCAGGAACUACCUGGAGAAAGUGGUGGCCAUCUACGACUACACCGCCGACAAGGAGGAUGAGCUGUCGUUCCAGGAAGGAGCCAUCAUCUACGUCAUCAAGAAGAACGAGGACGGCUGGUUUGAAGGAGUGAUGAACGCGACCACCGGCCUCUUCCCUGGAAACUACGUGGAGUCCAUCAUGCACUACGCAGACUGAAGAAGAAGUUCACUGCAGUUCACUUUCUGGAUCUGCCCCAGAAGAGAGAAGUGGACUGAGUCCGUUUCUGUUUUAGAUUAACACUAACCAAUCACAAGCAAAUCAGUGCGUGAACAAAAGCCACUAAUAUUUUAUUGUGAGUGUCGUUGUGAGUGGACAGAGAUCAGAACAUUUGAGGAUGAGCAUCAGUUCAGACUGGUCUUAUUCUCCUACCCAUCAGGCCUUGCUUUCAGGGGUUCUUUCCUGGUAUUAAUUAAUUAGUUAAUUAAGUUCUAUUGUUGUCCCCCCCCCCCCCCCCCCCACACACACACACACACACACACACACAUACACACACACACACAUUUGGAAUCUUAUUGUUGGUCAGUUGAGAAAACUCACUACUUAAUUCUAACAUUACAAAUACUGAAGUCUGGUUUACUCUCUCAACAUCUUCUGUUAGCAUUAGCAGUAACUUAAUGCAGCUGUGAUACAGCUGGAUUAGCAUUUCCUGUCAGUCACUCAGACACAGAUGCUGUUUGAAUCUCGGACAGUAAUGGGUGAAACUGAAGGAACUACUGGCAUCAUGCCUAAAAGCUGCCGCAUCACAUUUUACACGUCAAACAACAACAACAACAAAAAAAAUAUCAGUUUACAAUUUUCUACAAAGAGCGAAGGAUAGUAAGAAGAGAUCUGUGGCUUCAGGCCUUCCAGCCAGCCGAUACACGAUUCAUGGCUUCAUCACAGGGUAGAUAACGAUGUUAAGAUGAGUUAAUGACGUGUGCCGAUUGUGCCUGCAGAUCGAAGCGAUUCAGAAAAGAGUUUAAGUGAUGAUGUAACUGAAGUUUUACUGUGAAGGAAUAUGGCCCUGCCAUAAAUCAGCUGGUUUUUGGAUGGAUUUUGGUACAACAGUGUGUUCACUCCAAGCAGAGGGUACUGUAACAUUAAUAAUUCACAUGAAUUGAGCUGACAUGCCUUUAAACUUUAUAGAGUGAAAAAUUAAAUGACAAACAUCAUCCACAGCAUUUUAACAAACUUCCGAGAUAAUAUCAACACUAUGGAUUUUUUAGAUCUUUAGGCUGAAAGUGCCAGAAUCUAAGCUUUGAAAUCUGUCCAGACCUCCAGAUCCCUCAAACCGAGAAUCUGCCAGCAGUUUCUUUCAGUUAUUUCUGGACUGCAGAGAGUUUAUUCAUCAGCGUCUCAGACAGUCCAGAUGUUUUUGAUCCUGUUUUUAGGACGAGGAGAAAAAUCCUGUCUUCUAAAUUUCCCCCAAAAAACCUAGAAACAAAACCUCAGAAAGAAAAACACCAGAAACAGAACUUCUUCCUUCCCCUUUUGAAAGUAAGUACUGCUGCCGACCUUCUCCUCCACUGCUGAUCUUCUCCUCCGCUGCCGACCUUCUCCUCUACUGCCGAACUUCUCCUCCGCUGCCGACCUUCUCCUCCGCUACCGAACUUCUCCUCCGCUGCCCACCUUCUCCUCCACUGCCGAACUUCUCCUCCGCUGCCCACCUUCUCCUCCACUGCCGACUUUCUCCUCCUCUGCUACGACCUUCUCCUCCGCUGCCGACCUUCUCCUCCGCUGCCGACCUUCUCCUCCGCUGCCGACCUUCUCCUCCACUGCCGACCCUCUCCUCCACUGCCGAACUUCUCCUCCGCUGCAGAUCUUCUCCACUGCCGACCUUCUCCUCCGCUACCGAACUUCUCCUCCGCUGCCAACCUUCUCCUCCACUGCCGAACUUCUCCUCCGCUGCCCACCUUCUCCUCCACUGCCGAACUUCUCCUCCGCUGCAGAUCUUCUCCACUGCCGACCUUCUCCUCCACUGCCGACCUUCUCCUCCGCUGCCGACCUUCUCCUCCACUGCCGAACUUCUCCUCCGCUGCCGAUCUUCUCCUCCACUGCUGAUCUUCUCCUCUUCUACCCAUCCUCUCCCCUGCUGCCAACCUUCUCGUUCUUGUUCUUCUUGCCUCGUCGGCUUUCGUCUUAACAAUAUGAAGAAUCAAACGGACUGGUUUCUGUUUAUCAUCUGUCUUCUGACUCGAUGUACACCGUCUAACCAUCUGUUGGCUGCAGCUCGUUCAAAAUUGGAGAUGAAACCAAGAAGGAAGGAGCAGGAGCGACACUGAGAGUCAGGAAAGCUUUACACAAAUCAACCUGCAAUAGAAGAGAGAAUGACAAUAAUAAUCUCAGUGACGUUGAAGUGAAAGUCGUCCCGUUGUGCCAUAAAUCUUCAUCAUCAGCUACCUUAGUGUUAGUGAUGUGAAGUAUGUUAGUUUAGUGGCCAUGAGGCAUUUCACCACAAGGAAAGAAACUGCUGAGGAACAAAAGGCCUUAAACAGGUGGAGUUCACAGGUUUUCACCUGUAGAUGAAGUGCGUAGCUGCAUGAACCAAACCAAACCAGGCUAGCUGUGUGAAGGUUGGUUCUAAUGGAUGCGCUCUGAUCCAGACAUGCUGCAGCAGCACAGCGGUGCUCCAUGUACGUCAGCCAUACAUCCAUACAAAGUGUACGAGGCAUCAAUACAUCAUAAACAUGACAAUCUAAUCCAGUAGUUUGGAAGGGAAGUCAAAGAUUAGCCUGAAAGCAGCUGGUACGUUAAAGGUCCCUGUAGAGUUUUCACCUCGGCUUGUUCUAAUGAGCCACGCUUUAAUGUGUUGUUGACCGAUGAAAAGGCCCACAUCCACAGUCCUGCCAGAAGACGAGCAGCAGACUCAUGAAAGUGGUCUGAACAGCAGAUCUCUACGUGUUUCUUCUUAGAAACAGAGAACUUCUGUUUGUUUACCAGAAAACUCCACAGGGAAGCUUUAGGUCUCAGUUGUUAGCCGUGUUGCUCAGGGUAACGUGAGUAAAGCGUAUUAUUGCUUCAGUCAUUUUGAUCUACGUUAGUGGGGCCAGUCCCAGAUGAGGUCUUCCUCCAGACACCUAGUUAAGUGUUGAUCUAUUCAUACCAAACUGCAGCAGUAAACUGUUUCACAUGGUUUCUGAUCUCUGAGCCUUUUCAGUCAUUGUGGUUUAGCAGCCUCAGCGUGUCCUGUAGUCCUGUAGUGAAGUGAAGUUGACCUGACCAAACCGCCGGGUGGAGAUUGUGGACCUGUUGCCAGUUUUGAAGUUUACAGUGUGUUUGCCUGCAUGCCUGAUGUGUAAGUUUUCAUCCUGUUUGUAUUUUCUUCUACAGUUUCACCAGCUUGCUUUUAUUCAGAGUGUUGGAUCAGCUGGAGGUCCUGAUGUUUGUGUGCUGUUCGGUUCUGACGGCCCUUUAACAGAACUCCUGUGUGUUUGGACUCCAGACUGACUCUCAGGUGGAGGUGCAUCUCUGUGCCAUAUAUCCAGGUGUUGUGGUGUGUCUGCAGGUGUGUGUGUGAACCAGUAUGAACCAAACCUCCCUUGUGGACUCUUGUUGUGACUAUGGACCUGAAGACAGUGUUUCCUUGUCGUACAGUGUUGUUUAACAGGCGUUUUACCACAAAAACCAGAGUGUGUCGAGCGAGUCCUCCCGUUAGUGUGGACGGAGCAGCUGAGAACCUGAUCCUCUGACAUGUUCAUAUGUCCACUUUAUGACCAAAUACCAGUGGUGGAGAGUAACUAAGUACGUUUACUCAAGUCCUGUACUAAAGCACAAUUUUGAGGUACUUGUACCUUGAGUAUGUCCUUUUUAUGUUACUUUCUACUUCUACACUACAAUGCAGAGGAAAAUAUUCUACUUUCUGCUCCACUACAUUUAUCUGACAGCUUUAGUUACUAGUUACUUUCAGGUUUACUUUAAUAAUACAAAAUAUAAGCAACAAAUAAAUAAAUUCUGAUGUAAUAUUAUAGGUAGAGAUGAAACUUUAUUGAUCCCUGAGCUGCCCGGCAGUUUAACCAAAUUUUUUAGUAUUUAAACCAUCUUUCCCAGCUUUAACAUUGAAGUGAAGAUCACAUUAAUGCAGUGCUUCUCAAAUAGUGGGGUGCCCCCUCCAGGGGGGCGUGGUGCAAUGCCAGGAGGGAACAUGCUUUUUUUUUUUGCCAUACUAGAAAAGUGUAAUUGCACAUCCACUACAGUAGGCGGCAGUGGCGCUCUCAUUGUCAGAGUGGGCAGGGAUUGUGCACACACACACCACCGAGCGGGAGAUAUGAAGUGAACAAACCCCCAAGAGACACCACGGAAAAAUAUCUAACAGGGAUGAAGUUAUUUGUUAUAAGUUGAUCUAUAUUUCUUUUUUGUUUUCUUUAAUGUCAAUAAAUAUACAAUGUUUUGCACUUUUUAUACACCUUUAUAGAUGAAUGAUACUAUUUAUAGUUGCGGCGCGUGCACGUGGGGGGGUAUUUUCUUCUUCCAAGGGGGUGCGUAACAGAAAAUAAUUGAGAAGCGCUGCCUUAAUGCAUCAGUAAUUGUGAUCCAGUAAUAUACAUUAUGUUAAAACAUGCAAUUCUGCAUUAUGAGUACUUUUACUUUGGUACUUUAGGUAUCGUUUGAUGCUAAUGAUUUUGUACUUUUACUGCAGUAAGUUUUUGAAUACAGGACUUUUACUAUUAACACUAUUUCUACAUUGUGUAUUACCACUUUCACUUAAGUACAAGAUCUGAGUACUUAAUUAGCAAAUGUUAGCAUGCUAACACUAAACUAAAGAGGCGGUCAUGUCAAACAUACCAGCCAAACAUCAGUGUGUUAGCAUCAUAAGCAUGUUAGCAUUAGUGUGCGUGUGUGUUGCUCCAGUCUGCAACAUGUUUCCAGCUGAAGGUUUUGCGGUUUGUGUGAGUGAAGAAACGUGAAGCUUCCACAGAUCAGUCACAUGAAGAAGAAGCACAGUGUUCAGAUGCACACACCUGCGUGUCGCUGUGCACCAUUAAACCAGUGAUUCACUUUUCAGUUUUAAUAAUCACAUCAGUGUGCUGCUUAGAAGUCUGCUGAAGCUUGUUAUUUAGAUAUUUAUAGUGGAUCAGAGUCUAUGAAGGCCCGUUCAGUCCCCCUGGAUUAUAAUCCAGCCACAUCCGGAUCAGUGAGUUUUCUUUUGGUCAGCAUCGAUGUGCACAGGAGUCGCAAGCAUUCCCUCAGGAAGUGUUUCUGCAGUUUAUCGUGUUUUUCUAAGACUGAACACAACCCUGCCGUCAGGUCGCCCCCGACAACCAGUAACAGCUGAUGGUUUCAUCAUUUACACAUUGCUUUCAUGCAAAGGAUGCUGGGAGCAGUCAACGGAUUAUUUGUCACAUCCAUAAAAAUCUAUAUUUCUCUCCUCCUCCUCUUUGAUUGUUUCUGUCUCUGAAACAGGAAGCUCCUCAUCCUUUGUCCUGCCAACAAAGCUCUGAUUGGCUCUGUUUGAUCGAUCAGUGAAUAUUUGAACUCAUGAAGUCUGGAUCAAAGUCGUGAGUCUCAGCUUUCAGGUCUCAUGUGGUCUGCAGGCUCCUGCAGGGUCUGGCACACUCUGGUUUUUGUCUGCCUGCAGUGUCCCUUUAAACAUUGUGGACCGAGACAUGAGGUGAUCUGUGAAGUGUUGCAGUCGGCUUCUCUGAGGCUGAUUCUACCAGGAACCUGCUUCAUCUCUCACAUUCAUGUCUAAAAACCAGUUCCAUUCUGGAUCUGGUUCCAAGUUGACAGUGUGCACAGAUAGAUUAAAUCUAACACAUCUAAUAUCAGAUGUGUCCUCUAAUCUUUUCUUUCUUUUAAUGUGACUAUAGCCGCUGUGGAUUCCUAUUGGUCAGCAGGAACGGUUCCUGUCUGUCUGCACUGUGUUCCUGGUAGAACCUGAUGUCAGAGAAGCUUUCUGCUUCAAAGUGAACGGCGACUGAAAGCAUGUCGCUCUUUUCUAAGAAAGAACAAAG